AUGAAGACAAGAGUUAUUCUAUUUAUACUAAGUUCUGAAUGUCAAACUGGUACAUUUGUUGCGGUGAAACUCGACAGCUCUCUGUCUGCUCAAGAAAAGUGGGAUCUUAUUAAAAAGAAGGCCAAACAGGUUACUAUUCAGUUCACCAUAACACACGAUCAUUGGAGGAAGGCUAGAAUCAAGACACUGCAAAGUGAAAGGAACAAUUUGAUACGACGCUACAGACAUGACACUACUUGCUUGAGGCUACUGUUGCAGGAUGUGGAGAGCGAGCUAGCCAAGUUGCAACAAGAAAUCGUGGAUAUUCAGCUUCUUAAGGCCGGAAAACGAUGGCUUGAAAAUAGUGAAAAGUCGCCUGGAUACUACAUAAAGCAGACCAGUAAACAACGCCUUGAUCAGCGAACCAUCCCCAACUUGAAGCACCACCACCCUCGUACUGGGGUCGGCUAUCUCGACAACACUGCCUCUAAGCUGAACGCCGCAGAACGAUUCUACCAGAAACUGUACACCGAAGAACGGAUAGACUCUACCUGCCUGAACAAAAUGCUGAACUACAUCGACAUCACUCUGUCAGCCGACGAUGCCAGCCAGAUCACCGCAUUAAUAGACGACGACGACAUUCUGCUAGGGUCUGCUCGAACUCCCAAAGAAAGCAGCCCAGGAUUAGAUGGUAUUGGGUAUGAAAUCUUAUAUCUCAUUAUAUCUCACCCUAGCUGCCGAGAUCUCGUGCACCAGGUAUUCAAUAACGCUAUCCAGCACGCCAAGUUCCCCAAAUCAUGGCAGGAAUCUUGUAUCAUCCUUCUGUUUAAGAAAGGGGACCGGAGCGAUCUCGCCAAUUAUCGCCCCAUCACAUUGAUUGCGGUCGACUGCAAAGUCUUUACUUGUAUUAUGAACUCUCGUGUCAUACCAGUAGCCAACAAACUCAUCAACCCGUAUCAAUGCGGCUUCUUGUCAGGUCGAUAUAUCGGUGAUCACGGCAUGUCUCUCAAAGUAAUUAUGGAUAACGCUUCAUCCGCCAGCUGGCGAAAUGCAACCAACUUUGUCGAAUACACUGGAAUCAUGCUGGACAACGCCAAAGCAUAUGACAGAGUCCACCCCCAGUAUCUCUCACAAAUACUGCGGAAGUUUGGAUUUCCACCACAAUUCGUCGCCUGCAUCCUCAAUCUGUUUUUCGAUAACUCCAUCCAUGUCAACAUCAACGGUUUUCUGACGAAAUCUGCCGCACAACAACGAGGCAUUCGGCAAGGUGAUAGCAUCUCACCUGUCCUAUUCAAUCUAGCUAUCGAACCGUUCCUAUUAUCCAUCAUCAACAACCCUGCAAUCUUAAGCUAUAGUCUUCAUCACACCAAACUACCCGAAAAUGUGCAGAUCCCGUGGGUGUCUCCUGCUCCCGUCAAGGUCUUAGUAGCUUAUGCGGAUGAUGCUCUCACGUAUGUUGUAAAAUCUCAUUCAGAACUAAUUGAAUUCCAAAGAAGACUUAAGACGUACAACAGGGCCUCCAAUGCCAAGAUUAACUAUGACAAGUCAGUAGCAUUUCCCUUGCACGGCGGUAGCAUGAAAGGCUCUGAAGGCCUCAGAGUCCAAGAUCACAUCAUCAACCGGCUCAAGAUGAAAUGGUAUGACAGCCACUCUCCCGGGUAUAUCAAAUAUCUGGGGUACCCCAUCUGGUUCUCCAACCAUCAACGUGAUGUAUAUGUGCCUGAACUCCUUGGUAAAGUCAAAGCGGCGGUGGCGAUAUAUAGCCAACGGAAUGUGUCUCUGUACGGUAAAGCCAACAUCGCCAACAAAAUGAUUCUAUCAAAAUUAUGGCACGUCAUUCGCUACCUCUGGAUGUCUCGAAGCAACUGA